AUGGGAAGUGAAGUGGUCUCCUGCUAUAAUCAUAAGGGAGUUCGAGGAGCCAAGACUGGAAAACACCAUUCAGACAAAGAGGACAAAGUGGGAUCGGUGAAUCCUAGGAGAAAGAAUAGAGGAGCGGCGUGUGAUGUCGAGGCGCAAAAAGGAAUGAGGAACAAGGAAAGUCCCAACCUUGAUACGAUGAACAAAGGCCUGCACCUAGGCUUCCAUGAUGGCGCUCAUAACAAAAUGCAGCCCAUAUUAGUCCCCAUGGCACAGUCAAUCACUGGUGAUACUUUGAGAACUACCCCUUACUACUAG